UUUAACAAAAUUAUUUUGUUACAAUGAAAAUCUAAGCGAUACUAUCGCCUCUACAUCCGUUCUUUUCUUACUUAAUUAUUUCAAACUCUAUAGAAUCAGUAGUUUCACUAUUGCAUAUAUUUGAUCUAUGGUACAGGUGAUUCUCGUUUCACUCUACUUAAUUUAACCGGUGAUUACGCUCAAAAGAGCAGUUGAUAGUUAUGGAUUCUGCGUGUCAAAAUUCGGACUUUAGUAAUAAAUAUUUGCUUAGUCAGUUAAAUAUAGCUAGAAAAGAAAUUAACAAUUUAAGACAACAAAUAAAAAGUCUUCGAUACAUUCAUGAAAAAGAUGUUGAUGAUAUAAAACGUCUUUUGGAAUCAUACAAAAAUGGAUCAUCUAUGUCUGAAACAAAAGUUAUAGGUUCCAAUGAUGUGAAACCUAGCACUAGUACAGAUAAUGAUGCUAUAAAAUUAAAACCAAUUGGAGUAAUAUCUACUUGUUUUCCUAGUAAACGUGCUACACCCAGACAAACAGGAGUCUGUGGAAAAGUACCAGGAAAACUAUUAUUAUAUAAUUCAAUAUUUACCAAUCCUGAUCAUGCACUUGAAGGAUUACAAGAUUUUUCACAUUUGUGGGUCCUAUUCUACUUUCAUAGAAAUGAAUCCACACAUGUUCGUGCCAAAGUUGCACCACCAAGAUUAAAUGGUACAAAAACAGGUGUAUUUUCUACACGUUCUCCACAUCGUCCAUGUCCAAUUGGUUUAAGUUUAGUAAAAAUUACAAGUAUAGAAAAUCAUACAAUAUAUUUUGAAGGUGUAGAUAUGGUUGAUCAAUCACCUGUAUUAGAUAUAAAACCCUAUAUACCACAAUAUGACAGUCCAUUAUGUUUUGAGAAAUUAAGAAAUAGAUCACAAGAAUCCAAUAUAGAUGAUGCAUUUGAUUGCAUAGAAGAAACUGCCAGAAAUCAAAUAUGUGGUACAACUAGUGUUAGUCUUGGAGAUGACACAAGAAAUUUAUUUUCAGAAUCUUGUUAUAGAAAAACUAUUCAUAAAACAAGUCAAGAAACAGAUAUUUCUAGAGAUGAAGAAAUUGCUUUAAGAUUACAAGCUGAAGAGUUUCAAAGAAAUUCUAAUUUCGAAAAUUAUACCAAUAUAAGACAUUUUUCUGAAUUAAAUGAUAUCACUUUGCACAAUAAUAGUACAUUACGACAUAAUGUAGAUGUAACUGGUAUACAUAGAACUCCUCAUACAUUUUCUGAUACUUUAUCUGAUACAAGAUCAAGUUUGAAUAUAAUUAGACACAACAUUCUUCCGUCUAAUGUUGAACAAUCAGAAAGUUUAUUAGAUAUAAAUAAUGGAUUACAAAAUAUUAAUAUAAAUGGUCGUACUAAUAUUGAAUCAGCACAUGAAUCGAGAAAUGUAGAAUCUAAUUAUACAGAAACACAUGCUUCUCGAUCUAGACUUUUAGAUGGAGCUGAUGGACCAAAUACCAUUUGUGGUACAGAUAUAGAUUUAAUUCAUAGACGAUCAUUAAAUUCAAGAAUCGACAAUUCUCCCAUAAGAAUGGGGGUACGAGAAGCUCCUGAUGGAGAAGAAGGAUUAGAAUCACAAAUUCUCACUCCGCAACAUUUACCGAAUCAAGUAAUAAGAACUACAUCAAAUAAUAGUUUUCCAGACAAUGGAGAUGCACAUUUAAUAUUUUCUUCUGAAUUGAGAAAUGCUGAAGAUAGAGAAUCAAGAGCUAAUUCUUCUUCAGAAGUAAGAAUUCCAGAAUGGAUAUCAAGACCUCGAACACCUCUAUGUGUAGUAUUUAACGAUCGUGCUUUAAUUCAAUUAAAUGAAAUCUUAGGAACUAAAAUUAACGAUCAAAAGAUUGCAAUUGAAAAUGUAUUGCGCGAAGAUCCUAGAUCUGUAUAUUUAAGACAACGAUGGGGUAGUCAAUUUUAUACUUUCUUAAUUCACGAUUUACAUAUCACUUGUAGAUUUGAUGACAAUCACGGCAUAGUAACAGUUUUCCAAGUCAAACACGCUGGUCGUAUUUGCGAAUGUGGAGAACCUGAAUGGCAAUGCUUGGGUCAUUCACCACCCUCAUCUUAAAAAACUUCUCAUGUAUGUGUGUGUGUAUGUAUAUAUAUAUAUACACUUCAUAUAUAUGCAUAUACAUAAUAUUAUAUAUAUAUAACAUUAAUUUGCUAUUAUAUUUUUAAAAUUGUUGAUUAUAUAUGAAUGAACGAACAAUUUAAUUUAUAUAUCUAUAAUAUAUUUUAUUUCUAUAUCAUAUAUUUUUUAAAAAUUUCCUCGUUAUGAAACUUUAGAGGAAUGCUUAUUUAAAACUUUAUGCAUUACAAUUGGUAUUUUUAAUUUAAUAUUUAUCUAUAAAUUACAAUAAAUGAUUGUAUUUACAUUUAAUAUUAAAAUUUCAUGAUAAACAAUUAAUAACAAAUAAUUGACUAAGAAUAUUAUAAGAUUAAGCCAAAAAUAUUUUAUGAAUCAUUAUUUUUAUGAAUCAAAUAUUAAAAUCUUUUUUUUCUUGUUUCUUGUUAUUAUCAUUGAGAAAUAAAAUAUAAUUUUAAAUAAAUUUAUUUGUUUUAUACGAAUAAACUUCAAAGUUUUCAAGUUACAUUUUGAUAUUUAUAUUAUAUAGUUAACAUUAUUUUUUUAUGAAAAUUUAGUAAAAUAUUUAAUUAUAUGUUUUUUCUUUAACUCUUUUUAAUUAUUUAUUAAUAAUUUUACUGUUAAUGAAAACAAUCAAUUUUUUUGAAUUUUUUCUUUUUUAUAUAAGUAAAAAAUAAUUUUAGAUUUUUUACAAUAUAUAAAUAUAUUUAAAAGAUUUAUUUAAUUUUUAAUCUAAAAUUUAUUUAAAUGCUAAGAUGUUAAAAAUCUUAUAAAUUAUGAUAAAAGUAGAUAAAUCUUUUAUUAUUUUAAUUAAGAAAUAUUUAUUCUAUAUAAUUUUUUAUGAUUUUUUAUUGUAAUUAUAUUAAUUUAUAUCGCAUAAUUUUUUAUUGCAAUACGAAAGUUCCUAUAUGUUUAGUCUUUAAACAGUUAUACUGCAAAAGUUAUACUUUAAACUUGCGCACAAAAUAAAAAUAUUAGGAAAAAAUUUAUUUAUAAAAAAUCGUUCAUCAAAAUUUUUAUGAUAUUAAUAUGAUAAUUUUAGUUUCAUAAUUUGAUUGCAUUAAAAAUUACAUUAAAAAAUUCAUAAGAAAAAACAUUGUUAACUGUGAUUAUAAAUAUAUAUAUAAUUCAAGUAUA